AUGGACUCCGACGACGAUUCCGUCUUCAACAUUGAAGAUGAUUCGGAAGAUUACGUUCCAAAGCCCAAGGCCAAGGCUGCCGCGAAGCCUGCUGUCAAAAAGAUGGUGCAGACCACUCUAAAAGGCAAACCGGCGCCGAAGAAGCGCCCCAUCGUCGAGAGCGAUGAAGACGGGGAAGAUGCCUCAUCCGGCUUUUCCAACACUCCGCCUACAUCCAAGAAGCAAAAGACGGCGGCCCCUCCUAAGAAGUCGGGCAGCAAGCCUCUUGCAGAGCUGGAAAACGACACCAUGGUUCUCGACGACGACGGCGACGAAUCCAAGCCCGCCUCGAAGAAGAAGACGGCAACCGAAACCUACCAAAAGCUGACCCAGCUCGAACACAUCAUCAAGCGUCCCGAUACGUACAUUGGCUCCGUAGAAAAGACGGAGCAGCAAAUGUGGGUGUACAACAAAGAGUCGAAGCAGAUGGAGUAUCGCAAUAUCACCUACGUCCCUGGUUUCUACAAGAUCUUUGACGAGAUUCUCGUCAACGCUGCCGACAACAAACAGCGCGACAGCACCAUGAACAUGAUGAAGGUCACCAUCGAUCGCGAAAGCGGCGAAAUCAGCGUCGAAAACAAUGGCAAGGGAAUCCCCAUUGUCAUGCAUGAGAAGGAGCAUGUGUACAUUCCCGAGCUCAUUUUCGGUCACCUGUUGGCUGGUUCCAACUUUGACGACAGCGAGAAGAAGACCGUCGGUGGUCGAAACGGUUAUGGUGCGAAGCUGUGUAACGUGUUCAGCACAGAAUUCACCCUAGAAUGCCAGGACAGCGAGAACGGAAAGCGAUACAAGCAGCAGUGGACAAACAACAUGCAGACCAUGCACAAGGCAAAAAUCACCUCCAACAAGUCAUCCGAUUUCGUUCGGGUCACCUUCAAGCCGGACUACGCUCGAUUCGGAAUGGACGAAGGCAUCACAGACGAUCUUGAGGCGCUGCUCUACCGAAGAGUCUACGACAUGGCUGGCACAAUGCGAGGUGUCAAGGUGCAGCUCAACGGCGAGCUCAUCAAGAUCAAGGAUUUCAAGUCCUACUGCGACCUCUAUGCCAAGUCCAUCGCGGGCGAGAGGAGCAUGGAGGAGGGUGGCAACCCAACCUGCACCGUUGAAAUCGACAAGGACAAGGGCCAUCCCCGCUGGGAAGUCGGCUUCACCGUGUCAGACGGUACAUUCCAGCAGGUUUCGUUUGUCAACUCGAUUGCAACGACGUCUGGAGGCACUCACGUAAACUACAUCGCCGACCAGAUCACAGCGUAUCUUUUGAAGGCUGUGACCAAGCUGAAGAAGGGACACGGCCUGAAGCCGGCGCAUCUCCGAAACCACAUCUUCAUCUUUGUCAACUGCUUGAUCGACAACCCGGCGUUUACGUCCCAGACCAAGGAGCAGAUGACCACCAAGGCUUCCCAAUUUGGUAGCAAGUGUGUCCUGGGAGAUGACUUCUUGAAGAAGGUGGCCAAGUCCGACGCGAUCAAGAACAUCAUGGACUUUGCCGAAAGAAAAGCAGACAAGAUGAUGGCCAAGAGCGAUGGCAACAAGCGCUCACGAGUGAGCAAUGCCAAGCUGGUCGAGGCCAACUUGGCGGGUACUCGGCGCGGACAUGAGUGCACGCUGAUCUUGACCGAAGGUGACUCCGCCAAAGGUCUGGCCGUGUCUGGACGAGCCAUCCUGGAUCCCGACCGAAUCGGUGUCUUUCCACUCCGUGGCAAGCUACUCAACGUACGAGACGCUUCUAUCGACCAGAUCACCAAGAAUCAAGAGAUCCAGAACAUCAAGCAGUUCCUGGGCCUCAAGCACAAGCAGGUGUACACGGACACGAAAAGCCUUCGGUACGGCCACCUGAUGAUCAUGGCCGAUCAGGAUCACGACGGUAGUCACAUCAAGGGUCUUCUCAUCAACUUCCUUCAAGUGCAGUUCCCUUCGCUGCUCCAAAUCCCCGACUUCUUCCGAGAAUUCAUCACGCCCAUUGUCAAGGUCUGGCAAGGGCCCAACCCCAAGAAGCCUCAGAGACUCAAGUCCUUCUUCACUCAACCUCAGUACGAGGAAUGGAAGCAGGAGCGCGGCAGUGAAAUCUCGAGAUGGCAUUACAAGUACUUGAAGGGUCUGGGCAGUAGCAGCAACGAAGAUGCCCAGGUGUACUUCACAAACCUUGACGAGCACUUGAAAGAAUUCAGUGUCAUGAAGCCGGAAGAGGCGGAAAUGUUUGACCUGGCCUUCUCCAAGAAAAAGGCCGACGCGAGAAAGGAAUGGCUGGGCAACUUUGUUCCCGGCACCUAUCUUGACCACUCUUCCAAGGUCAUCACCUAUAGCGACUUUGUGAACAAGGAGCUCAUCCUCUUCAGCAUGGCGGAUAACAUAAGAUCCAUCCCGUCCAUGAUUGACGGACUGAAGCCCGGUCAGCGAAAGGUGCUGUAUGCAUGUUUCAAGCGCAACGUGGUCAAGGACGAAAAGGUUGUGGAGCUGGCUGGUUACGUCUCCGGACUGACUGCUUACCACCACGGUGAAGCCUCUCUGCAGCAGACCAUUAUUGGCCUGGCUCAAGAUUUCGUGGGAUCGAACAACAUCAAUGUGCUGGAGCCCAGCGGUAACUUUGGUUCUCGACUUGCCGGCGGCUCUGACGCUGCCAGUCCUCGUUAUACCUUUACUCGCCUGUCCCCGUUUGCCCGCUCGAUCUUUUCCUCGCUCGAUGAUCCCAACCUGAAGCACCAGUAUGAGGAUGGCAAGCAAAUCGAGCCCGAGGUUUACGCCCCCAUCCUGCCCAUGGUGCUUAUCAAUGGUGCCGACGGUAUCGGCACCGGUUGGAGUACCUCCAUUCCCAACUAUCACCCGCUGGAGGUUGUCAAGAAUCUGAAGCGACGAAUGGGUCGUCUGGACCCAGGCGAUGAUGAAGAGAAGCCGUUCGAGACGAUGACUCCCUGGUUCCGCGGCUGGAAGGGCACACCGGAAGCUGCUGGUCCUGACCGCUACAAGUUCAAUGGUAUUGCUUACCAGAAUGAACAGAACCCAAAUGAAGUGGUCAUUACCGAGCUUCCGAUCCGCGUCUGGACUGAUGACUUCAAGGCUCGCCUUGAAAAGAUCAUCAGCGGCGUGGAUGGCCCCAGCUGGAUCAAGGACUACAAGGAGUUCAACGACCACAAGACGGUCCACUUUGAGAUUCAAGUGGACGAGAAGCACAUGCCCAAGGUGCUCGAGGAAGGCCUGCUUGAGCGGUUCAAGCUCACCAAGCAGGUGGCCACAUCGAACUUGGUCGCUUUCAAUACUAACGGACAGAUUCGCAAAUACGAAAAGGUUGAGGAUAUUUUGGAAGAGUACUACGUCUACCGACUGGAUAUGUACUCGAAGCGAAAGAAAUACUGGCUUGGCGUCUACGAUGCCGACCACCGGAAGUUGAAGAACCAGGCGCGCUUUAUCCAAGAAAUCAUCGACGGGGACUUGAUCGUCGGUAAGAAGAGGAAGGAUGUCCUGGUGAAGGAGCUCCGAGACAGCAAAUACGAGGCCUUCCCUCCCGUCAAGAAUGCCAACACGAAGAAGACGGAAGAGGAAGAAGAAGAGGAUGACGAAGAGGGUGAAGAGAGCGCCCGUGACUACGACUACCUUCUUUCGAUGCCCAUUUGGUCAUUGACGGCAGAACGCCUUGAGAAGCUGAAAGAUGCUAUCCGGAGGAAGAAGGCUGAGUACGACGAGCUGGCGGCCAAGAGCGAAAAGGACCUGUGGUGCGAAGACCUCAGCGCCUUCGAGGCCGAAUGGGAGAAGUAUCUGGCCCUCAGCGCCGAGAUCCAAACCAACAUUCGUCGCAUGGGCCGCCGAGUGUCCAAGAAGAUAGGAGCUGGCGGGGGCCGCGGUAAGAAGCCCAAGGCGGACGACGACUACGAGCCGGAGAAGAAGGGCCGCAAGAAGGCAGCUCCAGCGCCUAAGCCAGAGACGAAGACUGCACAGAGAUUUGCCGAGAUGUUCAGUGCCAAACCUAAGCCCAAGAAGGAAUCGCAGCCGGAGGUCGUCGAGUUGGAUGACUUUUCGGACGACGAUUUCGCUGCCCUUAGCAGAAGCAAACCGGCACCUGCCAAGGCGUCUGCAUCACAAUCGACUUCGAAGGCGAUCUCUCAGCGAGCUGCAGCCUCCAAGGCCAGAACCCUGUUCGACGCCGACUCGGACAGUGAUGAGGACGAUGACAAGAUGCUUGGCGACGUUGGCGCGCUGGUUAAGGGGAUCGACAAGCCGUCUGGAGAGACAAGCGCACGACUGAGUCUGCACACGAUGAGCCGGCCGGACUCGAGCCACGGCAAUACGAGCACUGGAGCGGUCUCGAAGUCCAAGGCCAAAUCAGCCAAAGCGUUUGAUUUCGACAGCCCCGACGAGACCAACUACGAGAUGCUGGCCAAGCCGUCGCCCUACAAGCCCAAGAAAGGCGACGAAGCGUCGGAUGAUGACGAUAUCUUGGGUACUUCUUCAAAUGCCGCCAAGUCCAAGCCUGCCGUCAAGGCUUCGGUAACGGAGAGCUUGCUUUCAACCAAGAAGCGUGGCAGGGUGCCGAAACCAAAGGAUAAGGCGGCAAGCAGGGUCAAGACGACGCUCAACCCUGCGCCCACACUGAAUACCUUGUCACCCGCUGCGAUGAGAUAUGCUGCCAAGAAGGCGGCUAUGAAGGCACGUAAGGACGAGGAUGAUGAUAUGGAAUUCGACGAGGAGGAUGCGUCGAUUGCCCCAAGGCCGGCGGCGCGGGAGAGACCCGGACGGGCUGCGGCUGCGAAGAGAAAGGUCAUCAUUGACGAUGAGGAUGAUGAAGACGAUGACCCCUUUGAGCUGGGCGACGAUUCAGACUGA